AUGCAUCCCAUCUGGAUGACUUCGCCUGUCAACACGCUUGAGCCGCAGGAAACGCCAAUGAUGUCUGCCCCCCCUGCCACGACACAAGUCAUCGUUACAUUAAUUACGGAAAACGCCCGACCUACGAAGACCUAUCCGGCGGCCGUGCUUUCGCAGAGCAUGGAAAGCCGCCCUACAGUGACAUCCACGACGGGUGUCACGGUGGUUCCAACGUCGUUGCCCGAGAUUGUGGUACCAAAUAAUACAAAUGGGACGCAUCCCUCUAAUACAACACUCAUUGCCAUCUUGUUCCAGCGCAGCUUGUCAUGGUACUGGAUUGUGACGCAGCGUGCUACUACUGCCCAGAUCUUUACGUACAUGCCGAAGGUCCUCAGUACUACGCUGAAUAUUAGUGAGAGCCAAGUGUAUACGUCCAAGCUCAUGAUGCUCAAGUCGUCAGACGAGAGGUUUACCAGGACAUUAUACUUGGGCUACGUUCCCAGUGCCUGCACAGCAGCGCUAAAGGAGAUGGUGCAGGAUCCGCACUCUAACUUUUACCAACAAAGUGGCAGCAACGUUGAGCAGGAACUGGUGAGCCUAGUUGACCCGACAUUUGAUCCGCUGACCUAUGCAAAGAGUGAAGGCAACGAUCGCCAUGGUGAUGUGGCGUCUGAGAUGCGAAAUGCGCUGGUUGGCAGUUUUAGUGGGGCCGCGGGCGCCGUCGUGUUGGGUGUGCUGGCUUGGUGGCUCCGCAGGCGGUGCAUCCGAAAGGCCGCGGCAGACGCGGCGUCGAAGCGCGACACGAUCCAGUCAUUUGUGGAUUGCUCUGUGCCGCCUAAAGCUACGGGUGACCAGGCAGCACACACGUCUCACAGCUAUUUUGCAGGCGACAAUGAUGCCACGCCAACCUGUAAUGAGGGCAUCGCGUACACCCAGUUCUGGGCAGCGCCGUGCGUCCUACCUGGAUCGCACGGAGCGCGACCAUGA